AUGGAAACAAACACCGAAGCAUACCUUUAUCAUGAUCCUACAAAAGAAAAUAAUUGGGUAGAAGAAGUUUUGAAUGGAUUGGGUCAAAGAAGAAACAGUUAUUACAAGGUCGCCUCUUUACAAUUAGUCACCAUAUUGAUUAUAGUCAUUGCGAAAAAGAGUCAUCAGCCAUAUAUCUCUGAAGUGGAAUCACGUUACUGUGGGGUUGGAUUGAUGAAUAUGAUGGGUAAUAAAGGUGGAUGUGCUGUACGAUUCCGAUUCCAUGAUUCUUACUUUUGCUUUGUAACAAGUCAUCUUGCUGCAUUUGUUGCCAAUUCUGAACGCCGAAAUCAAGACUUUACUGAAAUUUCAAAGCGACUGAUGUUUACUCAACAAGCUGAUAAACUCACUGAAUAUGUAACUCAUUCUUGGAAUAGUGGUGGUGAUGAAGGUGUUGCGUACUUGGAGCACAAGGGUGUUACUAAUGAUUGGUCAGCAGAAGCUUCGAUAUUCCAUGCAGAUCACCUUAUUUGGAUGGGAGAUCUCAAUUAUCGUAUCAAUAUGGCCGAAUCUGAAAUCAAGAUCAAACUCAAUCAAGGUCAUCUUGAAGAGUUAUUGGACUAUGAUCAACUUUCCAUUGAACGACAAGCAGGUCGAACAUUCCCAAUGUUUGAAGAAGGAUCUAUUCAUUUUUUACCAACUUAUAAGUAUGAUGCUGGUACAAAUCGAUAUGACACAAGUGCCAAACGUCGUGCUCCUUCUUGGACGGAUCGUAUUCUUUGGAAAAAACCCUUGGAUCAACAUAAAUCAAUGCUAAAAUUAUUAUCUUAUAAUAAUUGUAUGGAAAUGAUGCUAAGUGAUCAUAAGCCAGUUCAAGCCAUCUUUGAUGCAAAGGUUCGACAUAUUGAUAGUCAAAGACAGAUGGAUACACGACAAAGUUUGAUUCGACAAUUGAUUGAAACCACAGAUAAUUUGACAAAAGGACAAAUCUCGACCUCAUUUAUUGAAUUUGGUGAUGUUCAAUUUAUGGAAUACAAAGAAAAAACGAUUGUACUGGAAAAUAUUGGACAAGUGGUAGCGCCAUUCCGGUUUAUAUCAAAGAUGGAUGAAGAACAAGUUUGCCCUGCUUGGUUACAAGUUAGUCCUCAACAAGGUGUGCUUGGUCCUGGUGAAAAGGUAGUGAUUCAAUUUGAAUUGAUGAUUGAUGCAUCCAUCUCUGCUCCAUUCAAUGAAGGUAAACAAGAAAUUAACGAUAUCCUGGUUCUACGAUUGGAAAAUGGAAAAGAUUUCUUUAUUGUCGUUUCUGGAAAAUAUAUACCUACUUGCUUUGGUGUACCUCUGGACAGUCUGGCUCAGAUGACUAUCCCUAUUCAAGACGUUUUAUCAUCCUCUUUAUCUCCAUCUCUGAAAAAAUCGGCAAGCAAAUCAUCAGGUUCCCCUUCAUCUAGUGAACAAGGUCACAUACAACAACAAGCAAACCUACCUAAAGAAUUAUGGCGCAUCUUAACAUUCCUUUGGAAUAAAAAUAUGCUUUCUAUGGACAAUUUAUUUUUGGCACAUGGUGAUCGAGUUAUAUCUGAAUAUAUUCGAAAAUGCCUAGACUCUGGUGAUUCUUUCGAUACAUCGAUUCUAUUGGGUGUAGUGGCAAGUGAUUUAGAAUCCACACAAAUCGAUAACAGCAAUAAUGAAAGUAUUGGUGCAAACUCUAUGAUUGAUGUACUGGUAGCCUUCUUGGAAUGUUUACCUGAACCUGUGAUUCCAACUGAUAUGUAUAGUCGUGCCCUGGCGGCCUCUGACUCUGAUGAUCAAGUGAAAUUGUUGAAAGAAGACCUCCCUCAUCUCCACCUCAACGUAUUAUUAUAUAUCACAAGUUUCUUGACAGAUGCUAUUAAAUAUGCUCCCUCUUCUUUCAAAGAAGAACGUAGAAAACAUAUAGUGUCCACAUUUACUGUACUCUUACGACCCCAUGUUGGAUUCAAGGAAACUAAUCCAGCAUUAGCAAGAUUGAAACGAGAAAAGUUUAUAGACAAACUUUUACAAAUUUGA